AUGAUUUCAAAUGGAUGGAAUGUUUCGGCACGCGAGGCUGGUCUCCAUAUUUGGAAGAUUCUUCAGGUCAACUGGCAUCUCGGGUUCACUGCAUUUGGCGGGCCUCCGGUUCACUUCAAGAUCUUCUAUGACAAGUUUGUGUUGAAGCUUGAAUGGGUUGACGAGCAGUUGUAUCAGGAGCUCUUCAGUAUCUCGCAAGCUCUGUCUGGCCCUGCUAGCACAAAGAUGCUUUACUGCGUAAACCUUAUCCACGAUGGUUUGCUUGGAGCUGUCCUUGGAUUCAUUACUUGGAGUCUCCCUGGUGCUCUAGGCAUGUUUGGCCUUUCUAUUGGUAUUUCCAAUAUCGACGAGAGUUUGCCUCGUGCAGUUUAUGCUGUACUCUCAGGACUCAACGCGGCCACAGUCGGUAUAAUUGCCCUAGCGGCAGUCGAGCUCUCAGAUAAAGCAGUCACGGACCAGCUCACUCGGAUCAUAGUCUUUCUCGCUGCUACCGCUGGAAUGCUAUACAAUGCGCUGUGGUACUUUCCAGCUCUUAUGUUUGCAGCGGGUUGUAGUACGGUCAUAUACGAUUACCGCUGGUUUCAUCGACCUAUCCGAGCUUUAUUCAAGCUCAUUAGGAAAAUGAGAACUGGAUUGGGAGGAGCGAACAGAGGUGAGAGCGAUUCUGCUCACGAAUCCAAUAACCUUAGCGAAAGGUUCGACGAUCAGAACCGGUACUCUGCUCAGGAUUCUGAGCCACGCACUAUACCAUCUGGCCGUCGUUUGGAUUUCUCUUGGAAGUCUGGUGCAGCAAUAAUUGCAACAUUCUCCCUUUCAUUCGUUAUUAUCAUGGUCCUUCGAGGGAUCUUACCUCAACCUCCACUCCUGUACAAACUCUUCGCCAACCUUUAUCUUGCUGGAACUAUCAUUUUCGGUGGCGGCCCAGUAGUGAUUCCACUACUCAGAGAGUACAUUGUGGCUGAGGGAUGGGUCAGCCCACGCGAUUUCCUCAUCGGCCUCGCUGUUAUACAAGCAUGUCCUGGACCAAACUUCAACUUCGCCGUGUUUUUGGGUAGCUUGACCGCUAUUCAUGGCGGAUACCCCGCUAUCACUGGAGCCAUUCUUGCCUUUGUCGGGAUUUUCGCCCCUGGUCUUAUUCUCGUUCACGGGACAAUGGGUGUUUGGGGGGUGUUGCGAAGUCGACGUUGGGUGAAAUCUCUGGUGAGAGGCAUUAACGCCGGGGCAGUUGGUUUAAUAUACACAGCGGUAUAUCGGAUAUGGCAGAUUGGCUAUAUAGAUGAAGGUUUCCAAUCAGGCAAGAGUCUGGGAGAUGAUCCAUGGUGGGUGGUCGUGACCGCUACUAGCUAUGUGGGCGGGCGAUACUUUGGCAUUGCAGCACCGCUGGCUAUUCUUCUCGGAGCUGUGUUAGGAUUGAUUAGAUAUGGAGUGGUUUAA